UUUGAAGUGAUGGAUGAUGGGGCAUUGCUCUCGGCUACCGAGCUCUCUCUGUUUCUGUUCCUCCUUUUUUAACCUUGUAAAUCUCAAGGCUCAUCCCUUCCUUCUCCUUUCGACACGUCUCCCUCUCUCCUUCUCUUCUGUCUUCAUCACUCUAAUAUUUCUACUCUCUAACUUUCACCCAUGCUUCUACAUAUGUGUAUAUAUUUAAUUUAGCUUAACUGUAGUAAUAAAAUGAAUUAUUAUUAGUGGAGGUUGGACUCUUCAUUUCAACUUAAUCUUGGCAGCUGCUACUUCCUACUUAGUGAGGUGAGAGCAAGGAAGAGAGGUUUAUCUUUGUAGAGAAAUACUAGAGUGCUUCAAAUCCUUGGCUUUCUUGGAAGCUCUUUGUCUUUACCCAAGCGACUAAAUUUAAUAUUUAGUAGCAAUAAAAUUGAACAAAUGAAAUGAUGUUUUAACGAUUUUUUCUUCAUAAAGAAGAGUUACAUAUGGAGGAGCUGUAAGAAGUUUUUUAUCCACUUUCUCUCUUUUUCUAAAGCUUUUUCACACAGCAACGAUGGCGUCUCUCACUCCCGGCGUCCUCUCAAAGCUUAUAGAAAAUGCCGGUAACAAGAACUUCAAAGUCACCGGCCAGCACCGGUCUCCUCUUCUCCAAGUCCUCGAGAUCGUCCCUUCACUUCCCGGUGCAGGUGACGACGACCAAAACGACCCCUUUCGAACCAGAGGCUUCUUCUUGAAACUCUCAGAUUCUCUCCAUUCCGCUUACGCUUCCAUUUCCGACGACGAUUUGGAUUUGAUUUACAGCGACAAGAUUCAGUUGGGUCAGUUCGUUCACGUCUCCCGGUUCGACCCGGCCGGUUCCGGUUCACGUGUCCCGGUUCUUCGAGGCUUGAAGCCUGUUUCCAGAAGAAAGCCUUGUGUUGGUAAUCCCACUGAUUUGGUCUCCAGCGAUGCCUUACCGAUUUCACGCGCCGCUGUCUUGCCUAGGAGGAGGUUGAGUUUGGACUCGGCGCGCCGUGGCUGGGAUCGAGGGUUUUCGCCACCUGCCUCCGCCGUCAAGGCUGCCGGUUCGCCGCCAGGUAGGGCCUCUUCCGAGGUUGGGUCGGCCAAGGCUCUGAAGUUUUCGCCGUUGAAAACUAAAGACCAGAGCUCUUUAGUACCGAAGCUGACGAGUACGGUUAAACGGAAAGAUGUGAAGUCGCCGGCGGAAAUCCGACCCGUUCCAGUGGCUGUGGAUUUGAGAAGCGUGUCGGAGAAGAAUAUAGCGUGGAGGUCGCUGCCGUCAACAGUGGCCGUUGCUGGAAAGAAAGCAGUUAGAGGUCGAAAUCUUGCAUUUAUGGCUGCCGUUGAUGCUUUAGAAGAAACAGCAGCUAUUGAAACUCUCCUCCAUUCCAUGCGCUUAUUUGGAGAACUAUGUGAAACUUCAAAGCAAGUUUGUAGUGGUAAAUUGGCAGAUCAAUUUUUACAACUCUAUAAGAGAAUCCAAGAAGCACACUCAACUUUGAAUUCCUUACUCAACAAAAUGCCAUCACCUAAUCCAAACUUACACAACAACUCUAAUGCCAUUUCAUGGAUUCAGGCUGCUAUUGCUACAAAUCUUUCCAGUUUUGAUUUGUUCGAAUCAAAAGAUCACAAGCUCGAAACUCUAUCCCAAAACAAACAACUCUGUAUUGUCAUUGACUAUGCUACGAACAAACUCAAUUUGGAAAACCGUUCACCUAAACUGGUCCCUGCUAAUCGCAAAAGUUGUCCGUCUAAUUCAAGUGCUAAACUUUCACAUUCUUCCAAAAAGGAAGAUUGGUGUAAAAGGAAUGGUUUAAAAGAAGCUGCUGAACUAGCAAACAAACUACUCUUAGUCUCACGUCGAUGGUUCAUGAAGUACUUAGAAGAUUUACUUGGGAAUGAUUUUGGGCUAAGAGUAAAGGAAGAAAGUACUGACAUUGCAUAUCUUCUUAGACAACUUAAAAAAGUGAAUGAAUGGAUGAACGAGUUUAUUGAAAGCAAAGUUGAGAUCGAUGAUAAAAUGGAGCAAUUGAGGAAGAAGUUGUACAAGUUUCUUCUUACCCAUGUCGAUGUUGCCACUCGAUCACGUUAGUAAAGAUACAAGUUGAAAAGGAUCACAUCAAUUCUAGACUUGAGUAACAACUUCAAACGCUAACUUCUUUCAAAGUUUAGAGUAGAAGAUUUAAUCAAAUGUUGACCUUGUUACAUGUUUUCAUUUUCUUGUAAUCAUCUUAGAUUUUUGUUCGUAGUUUUAUUGUUUCAUAUAUCAAAUGUCAUAGAAUUGACUUUCUUAAUACUUUCAAAGUAUCUAAAAAGUCAUUUGAAGCAAGAAAGAGCAAAUUCUAUUUCAUUAUUUGAAGCAGAAA